UCCAGAGAGCUACUUAGGCUGAGCGACAGGUAAAUAACAAGCUAUAUCUCCACUUGGAAAUUAAAUACUUAAACAUUGGGACGACGUAUUUGCCAAGUUUGUCACUCCAGGCAUUCCGUAGUCACCCAGGAUUUAGUAAGCGUCUGGCGACGUGCAAAGGUCAGAUUGAAAGUAGGUGUGCUGUACUACUCAUGGGGGUUUGAGUAGUCACAAGCUAGUUAAUUGCAAAGUAGCCUUUUUGGGGGAAUGUCAUCCGCACGAAACGUUACGCGGUUUUGGGAAUGGGGGAAGAAGAUUAUCUGCGUGGGAAGGAACUACGCUGACCAUGCCAAAGAGCUGAAAAACGCAGUACCCACGGAACCUGUACUUUUCCUGAAGCCGCCCUCGGCGUACGUGAAAGAGGGUUCUCCUAUUCUGGUUCCCCACUACUCCAGCAACCUCCACCACGAGGUCGAGCUUGGAGUAGUCAUUGGCAAAGGGGGCACAGCGAUUCCUCGCACGUCGGCUAUGGAUCACGUAGCCGGUUACGCGCUCUGUCUGGACAUGACCGCGAGGGACAUCCAAGACGAGUGCAAGUCCAAAGGUCUGCCCUGGACACUGGCCAAGGCGUUCAAUACCUCCUGUCCGGUCAGCGAGUUUGUCCCCAAGGAGAAGAUCCCGGAUCCCGGGAACGUCCGGAUCUGGCUAAAAGUCAACGACCAGCUGCGCCAAGACGGCAGCACCUCCCAAAUGAUCUUCUCAAUCCCGUUCCUCAUCAGCUACAUCAGUGAGAUUAUCACCCUUGAGGAGGGUGAUCUCAUCCUGACCGGGACCCCCAAGGGCGUCUCGAACGUGCAGGAGCACGACGAGUUGCAGGCCGGGAUUGAAGAUAUUGUCAGCAUGACAUUCCGAGUCGACAGACUGUGAUCCCAUCGAUUACCAGUAUAGUUUUUCAUAAAAGGACGAUCUAGCUAAUUUUUUUUAACAUUGUCUAAUUAUGGGCAGUAUUUCAAUUGAGCUUAAACAGGUGGAUAUCAAUUUUUUAUUUACUUUUUCGUACAAUAAAUGCGUAAUCAUAUGGAAAAUGGGCAAAUUACAACACCCGUAUUAACAAUUAACUUAUGAAUAAUGGGAGUGGGACACCAUGUUUGAUGUCUGAAUGGAAAAUUAAAUCCGGAAUAAAUGUUAUCACAUUUCA